AUGGUUUUGGGUGUAGAAAAUGAAAUAAAGCCUUCCUCCCCAUUUUCUCCCGGGAUAAGAAGAUUCAUUGACACCCUAGUUACAGAUGGGCGAUUCGGUGUGUGUCCUGGAGAAGUCAAAGUUUCUCAACCAAAAUCAGGUUGUUUAAGUACAGAUGAGGUUCCCAAGUGUGAUCGUUUUAAAUUAACUAUACCUUAUGCUGGUGACACAAUAACAUGGGAGGUAAUUUUUGACUGCACACAUCCAUCAAACCCACCGGAUUUUAUUUUUGGUGUAGAAGAUGAAGGAUUUUAUCCCAAUAUCGAGGAUAUUCAGAGUUUAGUGAUGUGGAAUCCACAAGAUGUAAAAGGUUUAAUUUAUGUUGUAGAAGAGCUAUUACAACAUUAUCGUCAGUUUCAACUAUCUUUAUUAGAAGGAUCUAGGUUACAGUUUGAAUAUACACAUCUUAUUGAACAUACUUCUAGUAAAGCUGAAGAUAUUGAACUUAUUGUCUCCAGAAAUGAGAAUCGAAUCGGACCAGUUAACUUCUUAAUUAAAUUAGAUCUUGAUUUAUCAAAAAUACCACCAAUACUAUCAAAGGAUUUUAGUGGUACAAACUCAGCAGUACUAUUAGUGAGUUAUUCUACCCCAGAAGGUUAUCGAGUUUCACCACAGUUAUUUCUUUCACCUGCUGUUGAAUCAGCAUUAGGUGGAUCAUUACAUUUAAGAAUCCCAUCAUUUUCAUCUGGUGAAACAUUGUUUGACUAUGUACCUAGUGUUUAUACUUUACUUAAAAACAAGAUAAAACAUGUAGUAGAUAGUUUUGAAAAGAGAGAAGAAUAUGUUUCAGCAUUUAUUGCCCAUUAUGGAAGAUCUGUUUUAGAAUAUGAUAAAGCAAGUUUUUCAACAAUGGCAUUUUUAUUUGAAUGGAAUGAUUUUUACUUUAUAUUUAGGAUUGAAUUACCUUCAUAUUUCCCUAAAGAACAACCAGUAUUCUAUUUUCAAUCUAUAUACCAUGAAACUAAAGGUAAACCAUACAUGGAAAUGUUUCAAGAUUAUCCAUAUAGUCCUAGAUGGAGUGGUAAUGAAAUGGCAGAGAGAGCCAGAUUGUUUAUUUUGGACAAGAUAGGUGCUUUUCAGAAAGCUUCAGUUUUAGCUUGA